CGGAAGCCUAUGCUUCCCUUUUCCCUCCAUCGGUUGUUAUGGCAGUGGAGAAGGAAAAGCUUCAGGAAGAAUCCGUAAUCCGCCGCUUCUACAAGAUUAUUCUUAGUUGGGACUACUCAGCUCUCCUCGAUGAAUAUAAGGAGCAGAAGGAAGGGACUGCGGAGUCGACACUCGUGAAGGUGAAGAACCGGUAUACAGACGUUGAUGACUAUAUUGCAACCUACGAACCGCUCAUCUUUGAAGAAGCCAAAUCCCAGAUCAUUAAGGGGAAAGAGGAAGAAGAGGGUAUGUUUAAUUUCAACUAUUUUUUCGUUUUUUGAGAAGAGGUCCUUAGCCCUUUCUAUACUAUUCUUGUUAAUUGGGUGGGAGUGACUGACUUUGUAGCACUAGUCAGAGGACUGUUAAAGCCCUGUCUAAGUUGCGGUUCUCCCUUUCUCACUUCAAUUUAAAUAAUAAUUGGUUUGCUUUUCAUGUUUUAAAGUUAGAAGGGUCCACCAAUGUAGUGAGGUAUGGUUGACAAAUAAAUCUACUUAGUAAGCACAUAAUCAAAGGUCCGAUUCUGAGUCUGUGUUAAUAGAGAAUAUCUAUUA